CUCGCAAGGCUCAUCCACGAGUUAAUCCUGGUUUCUCCUUUUUUCCGGCGUUAUAUUGUGCCGAUCGAUGCUUUCGCUCUGGGAUCUGGAGCUACGCGAUGUUUUUGGAGAAAAUUAACGAGCCCCCUUGGUGAAACUAAGAUCCCGGGCCUCUCACACAGAUUACUGGACCCUUGCCUCGGUACAAUAUUCAGCUUGCUGCUGCUUCUGUCUUCGUUGUCUAUUUUAAAACUCUUGCAAUGUCUUCUGAAUUUGAAGUCCUAAAUGUUCCAGCGAACCAAAAAGUAGAGAAAGUGCUGAGAACAAAUUUCAAUGAUGCGUUUGCGCGCAAGGCCGAGUCACUUAAGCCUGAGAUACAUGAAUGGGUUGGCUGUCCGCUUUCAGUCAUCGACUUCAAGCCGGACGUAGAGGCAUUCUUCAAAUGCAAAGCGGUCCAGACGCAUACAAUCGAGGAACUUUCGACCCUCUCAUACGGCAGAGGUGAUCAGCUCAUUCUAGACUUUGGCUGUCAUCAAGUCGGCUACUUUUCCUUCCAUCUAGGUGUCGAUGGAGUCAAUGUCGAUGCCCCAGCGAGACUCAGUCUUGUGUUCGGAGAAGUCCCGUACGAUGUUACUGAAGAGCUACACCCAUGCAAGACCUGGAUCAGUACUAGUUGGCUUCCAGAUGAAGUUAUCAAUGUUGAUUGGCUACCUGCCGAUGUUUACAUGCCCCGAAGAUAUUCAUUCCGCUACGUCAAAAUCCAUGUCGUCGAUACGUCACCCAAAUACAAAGUGCGGUUCUUGGAUAUCCAGGUACGAGCCGUAAGCGCGAUCCCUCCCAUCGUAGCCUCAGCCGUCGAACCCUUGGCAACUGGGGACGAUGAGCUGGUUGCCAUUGAUCGCAUCAGUCAAGUCACGCUACGAAAUUGCAUGCAAACGGUCUUCGAGGACGGGCCUCGCCGUGACCGAAGAGUCUGGCUCGGAGAUCUGCGACUGCAAGCCUUGACGAACUACUGCACAUUCAAGGACUACACUCUGGCGAAGAGGUGUCUGUACCUUUUCGCCGCCUUGCCCCGAGAAGACGACAGUCUUCCCGCUUGCCUCUUCGAGAAGCCCAAGCUGUCUCCGGCGUCGGACUAUAUUGUGGAUUAUGAUGCUCUCUUCGGGCCAACAGUAUACGACUACACGGUGGCUUCAGGCGAUGUUAAGACCGCUGUUGAGCUAUGGCCGACGAUACUAGGUAGCAUGAAGAAGGCGCUCACUCACCUCGAUGAUGGUGGAAAGUUCAACUCCGACGCAACUCCAGCAUGGAAAUUCCUCGACUGGUCCGAUGGCCUGGAUACCAACGCAGGAAUGCACGGCCUUGUUCUAUUCUGCUGCAAAGAAAUCAACAAACUUUCAACGCUGAUAUCAGAACCGGCCCCUUUCUCAGAUGUCGUUGAUAAAAUGACUGAUGCGGCAUCCUGCUUCUACGACGCAGAUCUGGGUGUCUUCGUGAGUGGUCCUGAUCGUCAGGUGUCUUGGGUAAGCCAAGCUUGGCUCGCUCUGUCCGGUGCCAUGGAUGCCCCAACAUGUCUCCGGGCCAUCACGACCGCCAUGGCUGAUCCGGAUGCUAUUAAGCCAUUGACUCCUUACGCCUAUCAUCAUGUCGCAGAAAGCCUCGCUCGAUGUGGAGGAGAAGAAGAAUGCGUGAGGCUGAUGCGCGAAUACUGGGGUGGGAUGGCGAAGGCUGGUGCAGAUACGUUUUGGGAAUGUUUUGAUCGCGAGGACUCGAGGAAAAGUCCAUAUGGAGAUUGCCAUAACAAUAGCUACUGUCAUGCUUGGAGCUGUACACCCAGCUACUUGUUGAGGGUUCUUUUGAAGGACUACCUUGCACAGCCGAAAUGUCGUCCAGCGCGUCUACAAUUCUCUCUCACCAUCUCUGGCUUAACUUCGUACAAACACAUUGGAGAUGCCGUACAUCGAAUACCCUCUGACGUUGCAUUACGAUGCUGGUAUACAUGUAGACAUACGCGAAGGAUUCUUGAAAUCGAGGCGCAAGAUGGAAUGAUGGCGCUGUCUACUCCCAGCAUCUUAUAUGGCAAGAACCGUGGCAAUCGCAGUGGUUGUAAGGCUGAUAUGGCUAGUGGGCGCUUUGACGAGCGCGUGACCAACGAGACAGUUGCCAUAGUAGUGAAUUUGACGUAUUGCUACGCACCAGAGCAUAUGUUCCUAGCGGCCAUUGAUGAUAUCGACAUGGCUAUCCGCCUUAUCUAG